AUGGGAUCCAAGUAUGCUAGGCAGUUCAUCACUAGCCUUAGGCAGCACACCUAUGCCGUCGAGCAUGGCCUCGAGAACUUUGAUGAUGUCCCUUACGACAUUUACGUUGAUGUGAAGCUUGGGCUGAGACUUUAUCAUGCCGGGAUAAACCCCCACGAUGAAGAUCACUACCGCCACCAGAUCUACCUCGUGGUUGAGAGAACAGGCAAGGCUAGUAAGCUGCGCAGCCCGGGAACGAUUAUCGCCAACGUUCUCACCACGCAGUACGCCUCGGAGAAGGCACUCUGCGACGCACUGCUCAAGUCAGUCGACCGCAAGGGGAAGCGCGUGUUGGUGAGCAAGCCUAUACACGCGGAACACAAGUGCGGCGAAUGCGGGCAUGAAGUGAGAGAGGAAGUACACUACGAGUAUCACUUUUUCAGCCCGGAUGAGCGGUGGGUUACGCGAUGUUGUCAGUGGAAUGAAUAUUUUGAGCAAUACGAAUGUUGCAAAUGUGGAAAAGGCGAUGUUGCACGCCUCACAUCAAUCGACACCAACGCCGUCGCAUCCAUGCCGGAAACAGGCCUGCCGAUCUACCCCACAACGCCCGCGGAGCCUGAUGUUGCAGAGGCUGAGGUUUAUCCGUCGAAUCCGUCGAACACCUCCCCUUGGGGUUUGCAGGGGUGUCAGCAGAACUUUAUCGGCCCCUCGAGUCAUUACCAUUUCCACAUGGCACAAGGGGUUGAGAUGCCCACGAAAAAGGGGGAGCUGGAGUGGCCUCAACCAGGCGACAACCAUUGGGAUUUCGGGGCCUUCGAGAAAGCACUGGAGGAGCGUCCUGCGCUAGAGGCAAGCCCGCUGUAUAAGGCCUUGACUGGGAAGGUUAUUGAGUUAGACGAGGAGGUAGUAGAGAAGGUCUGA